GAAGCACAGGGUGUGGGGCCAAGGGACUGGCUUGCCUGGCCCUGAGGAUGCGGAAGAGCAGCCGGUACGGGACGCGGGGUCCUCCUGCUACUACAGCAGCGGCAACGAAGAGGUUAUUUCCCCCAGCCCAGGCUGGGGAAUAAAUUGAGGGUGCGAGGCGUCCCCACCCUCGGGAUCUGCCUGUCACAAUGGCCACAGGAAGAGUCCUACUCUGCUCUUUGCUGCUCCUCUCGCUGCAGCCGGGCCUCGGCAGGGGCCCUGGUGCUCGGGGGGCUCCGGUGGUGGAGGAAGAGCCACGAGGGACCCUGAGGCCGCAGCUGGGUGCCCGCCUGCGCAGAGCCCUGGCCAGCCCGUGCCAGCUGUGGAGCCUGCCCCUACCUGUGGCCGAGCUGGGUCUGGGCUACGCUUCCGAGGAGACGGUCAUCUUCCGCUACUGUGCAGGCAGCUGCCCCCGCGGUGCCCGCACCCAGCACGGCCUGACGCUGGCCCGGCUGCGGGGCCAGGGCAGGGCCCACGGCGGGCCCUGCUGCCAGCCCACCCGCUACACCGACGUGGCCUUUCUCGAUGACCGCCACCGCUGGCAGCGGCUGCCCCAGCUCUCGGCGGCUGCCUGCAGCUGCGGCGGCUAAGGA